AUGAGUGGGGCUCACGCGUGGCUCCUGGACUUGACAGAACCGAUAUCGUCGACCGGGAGACUUAACGGACCUGCAGACGAUGAUAUCGACGUUGAAAACACUAGGCGAACGGAAGCCGAACAGUUGCGCGCCAAGAUGCCUUUUCUCGACAUUAGGGGCAAGUCCCUCUACUAUACGAAGAGCUCCCCUGAGAAAGGAAGUGAAUCGGGAACAACUUUUCUCAUGAUUCACGGACUUGGCUCUUCGAGCUCGUUCUACGCAACCACAAUCCCCUCGCUGGCUGCAGCCGGCCAUACCUGUGUGGCUUUUGACACUCAUGGCAGUGCAUUGUCCAAAUACAACGGUCAAUACGGCGGUAUAGAUGGAAUCGUCGAGGAUGCCGUCGAACUCAUUACAAAACUAAACCUGAAGCCGGAGAACGUGGUCGCUGUCGGCCACUCGAUGGGUGCCAUCGUCGCUUCGAAGCUUUCGCUACAACUUCGGCUUCGGGGUGUCGUACUCAUUGGCCCGGUAAACCCGAACCCAGGGCUUGCGCCUAUCUUCAAUGCAAGAAUCGCUACGGUCGAGAAGUCUGGGAUGGAGGCCAUGGCCGAUACAAUACCGGCUGCGGCAACUGGCUCGAAAAGCACAGCCACUCACCGUGCUUUUAUCAGGGCGCUUCUCCUGUCGCAAACUUCGGAGGGUUAUAACUCUCUUUGCAAAGCAAUCUCAGAUGCAGAGCCGCCGCAGUAUUCCGACAGCCGGAGCCCGUUGCUUAUCCUUUCAGGAUCUGAUGACAAGACCAGUCCUCUGGCCGCAGCCGAGGCGAUAUUAAAGAGUUGGAAUGCCGAUGUAAGUACGGCGCUGGAGAUUCUGGAUGGGGUUGGGCACUGGCACUGUAUAGAAGCGGCUGACGAAGUCGCCAACCGUAUCAAAGCUUUUGCUGGCAAGCUAGAGUAG